AUGCUUGUGUAUUCAGAGAUUCUGCCUGACAAAUUAAGGUAUCAUAACAGAAUAAUCGAACUGAUUCCGAGGAUUCCAUCGAUUCCCAUUCCGGAACUUACAAGCGGCAACUCAAAGAAAGAAUACAGUGCCAUUCUUAAUUUAUCGACACCGCGAUUAUUGUCUAGUUACAUGAACAAUUUUAAUGAUUACAUCUAUGAUAUAAAUAGCAUUGCACUAUCUAAAUUCAAUUCCAAGAUAAAUUCCGUUGAUGGUGUCGCAUUCAGCGACCAUAUUCGACAAGAUUCGUCAGCCUUUGCUGUACACUCUGAACGACACGUUCCCUAUGUCAAUUACAGUAUUUACCUUAAAAAAGUCGUCGAAGAAAUGAAAUUUCCCGACUUAUACGCGUCAGUAUACUCAGUGCUUGACAUACCCGGUAAUUUCUAUGACUCCGUGAAAAGGAUAGUAACAACGAUAAUGCAUCCGACAAUCAAAGUAUUACAGCAUGGUUUAAACAGUUCUAAGGGCGACAUUACGUCCGAGUUUAACUGGUUGGAUGUAAAAGGCAAAAUCGGUUGCUAUUUGAUACCUUCCAUUGGAUUCGGAAUAUUCAAAACCAAUCAGUUCAUGUUUUCCUUGCGGAUUCCAAUGCAUAAUAUACCAUUGAGUGUACUGUCUGUUUGUAACUCUGCAGAACUACGCCAAUGUAAUAAAUUUGUAACUAGUAUAUUAAAUUUACGAAAGAUUUACAAGACUGGUGAGACGUAUUCUGAUUAUAAAACAUGGAAUGAUAUCUGCAAAGAAACUGGGUUACUCAUUUAUGGAGGCUUCCCCAUGAAUACGUUCGAUGAAUAUGUGUACAGUAACAUUGGACACAAAACUUUUCGCACAAACUACGUUGGACAAUUAGAAAAAAACGAUCAAGUCUUGUUUUGGAAAAGAUCUAAUGAGGCUAUCUGCCGCAGCGAAAAAGAAGGAACUACCUAUACGGUCACCGAAGUUGGAAUGUUUACAACUGAAGGGUUGGAAGCUAUAUACGAAUUCUCGACCAACAGAUCGGCUGGCACUUUGAAAUUCAAUUAUAAAAACGACGCGCAAAGUAAAUGCCUUGUUAAUAACCUUAAAAAUUGUAACCAAAGAAAUGACGUGAUCGAAAUUCGUUUGAAUAAAGAUCAUAUAGCUAGUUUCAAAUGGUUUAUGCCUACCAACCAUACCCAAAAAUCGCAUGACUUACAAUUUUCAAAUGGAACGCAGACAUUUACGUACAAUUACCAUAAUUACAAAAUUGAAAACAUGGAUUUCGACGAAACAAGUUUCACCGUAAAAUGCAACAAUAAGGUUAUACUGAUCGGAAAUAAUUCUCCGCGACUUAAAGAAAUCAUUCGCUAUGACGGUACUGAUUAUCACCGGGAUCCUGAAACAAUGAUGUAUCAGAAAAAUUGA